AUGCAGACCGUUUGGCCAUUUCUUGGCCUGCUCUUUUCCAUCACGACCGCUGCGGCAGACUGUGUCGCAGCCCCCUCCUUGCUUGCCGUGAAGUCCGAGACUCAGGUGACGCAGUUGUCGAUCACCGAGGAUUUGCCCUUGAACCUCACUGGCUCUCAUGGAAACAGCACCAAUGGCACCAAUGGAACCAACAACAGCCUUGAGGAGAUCUUGGUUGGCAACUUGGCACAUGUCUUCAAGGAAGUGGACAGCUUGGGCGACAUGGAGAACACUAGCAACCAGAGCGACGGGCAGCGGCGCCACGGUUUCGGCGACCUGGGCACGAACCUUGAGUUUCUGCUGCUGAAGGUGGCCCAAAUGGAGACGGUGGUUGAGCUGCAACAAGCUCAGCUGCAGAAGCAGCAGGCGGAGAUCGACGAACUGAGGGCCGAGGUCCGCGGCACAUCGACCGCGUCGAACUCAACCACGAGCCUCCGUGAGCGCAGGGCGAAGGAGAAAGCCCAAGUGCUCGAGGCAAGCCGGGUCUUCAAGAAGGUGAUCCAGAAGCAUCAUCACCAGAGGCAGACUCGCGAAUACCUCACUCCGCACUCCAAGGACUCCAAGGCCAGCAAGGCCGGCAAGGCUCCAGAGGGAGAGAAGGCGGCGCUCUUGGAGCGGAGUGCUCGACAGAAGCAGGAGUCCAAGUCGAAGUCUGAGGCUUUGGAUGCCGUUGUGAGCUCGAAAUUCAUCGAGGACGUCGGAAGCGGCAUUGCGGAUGUGGCCGGAGGUGUGGCCGGUGCCGUCACGGAUGGCACAGGCUUGGUGGGUGACGCCUUGGGCGAUGCCUAUGAGGCAGCUGCAGACCAAGUGUCCUUCGUGGCCAAUACGGUCAUCGAUACCGUCGAAAUGGCCGUCACCAUCUUGCUGCGAGGCUUCACGGACUUCGGCGCCGGCUGCCCGGACUCCUCAUGGCCUUCCAUGGGCGUGGACUCCACGGGCUUCCGCAUCAACUGGGGCCGGCAGAAGUGCUACAUCAGGCUCAUGGGCCAAAGCAUCACGCUCUUCGAUUUCAAUUUCGGGAACACCAACGUCAACUGGCCGGAGCCCGUGAAGACCGUCGUCAGCCACGGCCUGGCCCCAAUCCGUGCCAUUGUUGACAUCGGCCGUGAGGUGGCAGGCUGCGUCACGGCUGGGGGCGUCGGCGACGUUUUCGGCUGCUUCGGGAACAAGCUGCUGCAAGUGGUGCCGCCUCUCUCCUUCCUGACCCGGAUGGGCGACAUGCUCACCGAGUUUGUUGAGGUCUUUGCGCGUUUGGCUGGCUCGGUCAUCAGCUCUGUCCUCUCGGACAGCCAGUCCCUGGUCCAAUCAGCCAUCAAGACCUCGUUCCCCGAAGUGGCGGCGCCAGCCCGUGUCCAUCACAGCAGCAAGAACCUGGUGGUGAAGACUCAUACCCAGCGCCACCCGGGAAGCAAGAGGAGCAAACUUCACCGUGGCGAGGCGGAGGCCCAGCUGCAACUGAACACCUCUCGUUCUCGUGGUGAUGGUGACGACAGCGAUGGCGCCAUCAACUUC